AUGGAGACGCGCGCGACGCGCAUGGUACACGAAGGCUGCGCGGGGAAAUGGCGACGAUCCGCAUACGUCGACGCCGCGUCGUCGCCCGUCGCGCGCGCGAUGCCAUCGUCGGACGCGCGGGCGAAGGACUUUUUGCGCGACGCGCUCGACGCCGUGCGCCUAAACCCGGCGUCGAGCGCGGUGAGCGCGGCGUUGGAGCGAACGUUGGAUUUUACCGACCGAUUGGUGGAUGAUGCCUCGAACGCCCUGGACGCGUUAGUUCGUCGACGCACGGGCGAUGAAGACGACGGCGAGCGCGUGCGGGGAGGGUACGCGAUGUGCGCGCGGGCGGUGGAGCUGGCGUUGGAGGAAUACGAUGUGCGACACGCGCAUUUGGAUGCCCGCGCGCGCAUCGCGCUGCGGUUGAGCGAGACGCUGGAACGGACGAUACGGGCGCAGGAACAGCGAUGGGUCGCGCUGGACGCGGAGCUGGCGGAGGUUUCGGGAAUGGUGACGAAAGUGUGGGAACAGAGUGCGUCCCUGGAGGGUACGUUCGCGCUGAUGUCGGAGGUGGAGGAGAUGUUACUCGAGGCGGAGAUCGCGCUGGAGCUGGACGCGCUGUACAAGAGGCGGGACGACGCCGAGGCGAAGGACGCCGAAGCCGAGCGCGCGUUCGAGCAGGAGGUUGCGCACGUGAUGCAGUUGCAUGAUUUGCUCCAGAGUGAUGCGAUGACGAACGCGGUGAGCUCGAGGACGACGGAGGAGAUCAUGGCGGAGCAGGAGCUGAAGAAGAAGCUCGCGAGCAUGGCGAAGAAGCGCGCGAAGGAGUCCGGAGUCGACGAGUCCCUGAAGGACAUCGCGUCGUCCAUAGACGUCGCAUCGACGAUGUCGACGUCGAUGCCGAACGAUUUGGAUGAUUUCUUCACCGAUGACCCGGAUGAAAGCGAGGCGACGUCGAGCGCAAAGGCGUACACGCUCUACGGUUUGCGCGCGAGAGCCGAGAUGACGAAGGGGACGAUUAUGAAUCAACCGCACGAGUUGAAGAUGGAAAAGUCGAUAGACGUCGACGAGGCGGAGCGCAUUGCGCUCGCUCGAAAGGAGGCGCUUGGGAUCGCGGAUGAAGACAUGCGCGGGGUGAAUCUUCGUCCACCGCCGCCGAAAGGAGGCGCGCAGGACGGACCUCUGGAGGACGCGCAGAGUCCGCGCCGCAUCGUGAUCGAAUCCAAGAGCGUCACGGAUCAAGUGAGCGAUAAACUCAAGAACUUUAGCAUUGGUGGGAUAUGGGAGAGCGCGUCGGCGAGCACCACGGCUGCAGUGGAGCGAGUCUCCGCCGCAACCGCCGCUGCGGCGGCGGCUAGUAGCGACGCUAUGAAAGCGUUGCAAGAGCGAACGGCGACAAUGAAAAAGACAGUGGAGAAAAGGUCGGUCGUCGAAGAGGCACCGAAAGGAUACUACAAGAAGGACGCGGGAACGUCGACGUAG